AUGUGUUACUAUAGUGGAUACUAUGGAGGCCUAGGCUGUGGCUAUGGCUGUGGCUAUGGAGGCCUAGGCUGUGGCUAUGGCUUUGGCUAUGGAUGUGGCUAUGGCUCUGGCUAUGGCUCUGGCUAUGGCUCUGGCUAUGGUGGCUAUGGUUAUGGCUGUUGCCGCCCACUGUGCUGUAGAAGGUACUGGUCCUGUGGUUUCUACUGA